CCCAUCUGAUCGCUGAUCGAAGAAGUCUUGACCAGUGGAAUUAACUAAAAAUUUAAUUAUUUCAUUUGGACAAUAGAAAAACAAAGGAUUAUCGAAUUUAUAUAUAAUUGGUGUGCGAUGGCUGCAACCGACGAGAGGAGCAGCUCACCGCUGAGCGAGGACGAGCUUGUCAAUAGAUACAGCAUGCUCAACGCAGAGAGCAACGAAGUUUCGUACAAAUGGAUUGAUAUAUCCAAUGAAUUCUUGACCAACGUCAAAGACCUUCACCUUGGAGAGCUGCUGCACGAUGAAAUGUUUGGCCUUCUGGAGGCAAUGUCCGCUAUCGAGAUGAUGGACCCGAAGAUGGACGCUGGGAUGGUUUGCAACAGGGGGAGUAAAAAAGCACUCAGCUUUGAGCAGGCAGUUGAGUCUGGAAACUUGAAACUCAAAGAUUUGACUGCUGCUGAACAAAUUGGAAUAAUCGACUCAACGUGGGCCUGCUUGGUUUCUUGGCUCGAGGGACAUUCCUUGGCUCAGACCGUCUUCACGAAUCUCUAUCUGCACAAGCCAUACCAAAUUGAGGACAGGCCCAUGAAGGCCUUCAGCAUUGCCAUCCUUAAAAUUGUUGAUUCGAUCAGAGACUUCAUCACUAAGGCAUUGGUUUUUGAAGAAGAAGACUUCCAGCUAGUCACUUAUGGUUUCCGUUUGGUACCUGACAUUACGGAAACCAGAGCUUUGGGUAUGUUGAGGGAAGUGGAGGACGAACUGAGCAAAAAGAUGAAAGCUUCAAAGGCACGGAUCUUGGAACACGAACCUAAAAAUGCGGAACUUAUAUCCCAGCAUGAAGACUCUUUGGCUCUCUACUCAAGAAUCAAAUUCACGCGCACAUUUUACAUGGCCUUGGCUGCCCUGGGAAGACGAGAGCAGACAAUGGAACAGGGCAGGUAUUUAGGGGGCUGCUCUGAAUUACUUGUCGUCAUCCAAAAAACUGUCGAGCGAGGAAUCAAACCUGCCCCAGUAAGCAGCAACACAAGUUCUAAUAGAGAUUUGCCGACAAUUAUGGGCUUUGACCCUCUUGUGAACCAAAGGUUGUUGCCUCCGACCUUUCCUCGGUACACAAAAAUCAAGUCGAGAGAUGAGGCUUUGGAGUAUUUUGAAGCUCUCAUCCAACGUCUGAAAAUGGUCACAAAGAUUAGCAGCUACAGCUCAUUUCAUGCAGCAUUGGAUUUCUUCAUCGAUUUCAGCAGAAAUAGUCCUUGCAUCCUUUCGAGGUCAAUUUUGCAACUUCUCUACUUGCCGCAUUACAACAGAGUCCUCGGCGCUCACAAUUUCACUGACAUACUCAGAGAUGCAGCCAAAACUUUUAUCUGUCCUCCUGCUCUUAUGCCAAAGUCAACUCUGUUAAAUAAUCAACAGGCCAAAGAGUAUGUCGACACAUUCUUUGGACACUGCGUCCGGCCGCUUGGAACUCUCAUUCAAAUAAGUGGACACAACCGUGCUAGGCAAAGAGAUAAAUUGGCCCACCUCCUAGAAGACUUUGCUGGACUCCAAGAUGAAGCUGAACGAGUUGAUGCGUUUUUGCACAACCUCUCUCUGAAAUCGGACAAUCCGCGCCCACAUCUAGCCUGUCUGGGCACCUGGAUUUUGUACCAUGCUCUCCGAGUCAUGAUCAUGUACCUGCUGUCUGGCUUCGAGUUGGAACUCUACAGUAUUCACGAAUACCAUUACAUUUAUUGGUAUUUGUACGAGUUUUUGUACGGAUGGCUAGUCUCGUCAUUGUCAAGAGCAGACAGUUUUAUAAUGGAGCAGGAGGCAGCCAAGGAAAUGGAAAAGGCCUCGGGAAGGAGUUCAAAGAAAAGCAAAGCCAAGAGGAAGAAUAGGGUCCGACCGUACGGAAGGGAAAUAACUAUGGCCCAAGUUUUGCUGAACAUGUGCGGAGGAUACUAUAAGGCUAUGGUUGGAUUGCGGCUGGAGGACAAAAUCCAGAUGCCACAUUAUGAGUUCGACGACGAAAGAGUGCGCUACGAACAUCGAUUUGCGCCCUUUGCCAGUCUUAUCACACCUCCCAUCAUGCACUACCAAGAAUUCAUUGAAAUGACUUCAAACGCCAAGGAGUCGCAAAACAGCAUCCACUAUUACCUCUCUGGCGCUGACUUGUUCCACCAAGCUAGGUCGUUCUUGGAAGGACUACCGUUUCUGGACUUUGAGGGCCAAGAGCUGCUGAAAAUCUGCAAGACGAAUUUUGUUGUGCUGAAACUUCUGGGAAGCGGCCACAAACGCGAAUCUCCCGUCGAGCUGGAUUUUUCUGGCCACCAGCACUUCCCAGUCAUCAAAGUGUGAAAGUGAAGUGGGGUGUUUUUUCUGUGAGUACAGCAUUUUUAAUUUUAACCAGAAACUGGAUUUAGUCAAAAUUCAAAAUUAAUAAAACUCGUUUGUGCAUAUUGUAAGAAACGAUCGACAA